GUAAAUACGUCAGAUGCUGAAGCUCCUGCGCUCCAAGUACGUCGUCGUAUCGUUGAUCUGGGUCGUCUUACUCCGGACUCUUCGAGUUCCAGUAUUCCCCCGAAAUGUCCAACACCUACUGGAUCUUUGGAACCGAAAAAAGAUCAAGGAGUGAGAAGAACGGCGUCAUUCACCUUUUCCCCAAAAGGAGCUGCGGAUAAGCAAAACCGACGUGUCAAUGUCCCUGAGAAGGAGGGUCGGGAGGAUAAAAGAAAACUUUUGUAA